UGGACAAUAGCUGAUGUCAUGUUUAUCCACAUUAGAAUCUUUAUCCAAUUAUAAAUAUGCAUGUUGGAUGCCAUUUGGUAAGCAGGUUUUAUUAAGAGACCUUAAUUACAUCAGUGCCUACUAAUUAACUGCUUGUGCUACUUCAUUCUGUUUUCUUCUUCUAUUCAGUUCCCUCUUUAAAUAAAUUAAAAAUCCUAAAGUUAUUACUAUGUGGGGUAAGAUGUUGAAAUUGAAAUUCUUGGGGAACAUCUGCUGUAUUCAGCAAAGGGAUCAAGUUGAUAGUACUGUGAUGUGGUCAAAUUGCAAUGUUUGUAUAGAGGAAAACAAACAAUGCAAUGGUGACCACAUCAUUGUUGAGGAUCGAAAUAACACUAAUACUACAGAAGACAGCGCCAAUAUCGACACCAAGCAUGAUGCUAAUGCUGAUUGUUCUUUUGUUCAUGCUGUCAUCAACAUGGUGGGAAUGCUCAUAGGUUUGGGGCAACUAUCAACUCCUUAUGCUAUUGAAAAAGGAGGGUGGUUAUCUGUAUUAUUGCUUAUAGGACUUGGCCUAAUGUGUACUUACACCUCUCAUAUACUUGGAAAAUGCCUUGAAAAGAAUCCAAAGUUAACAAGUUAUGUGGAUAUUGGGAAUCAAGCAUUUGGAUCAAAAGGAAGAUACCUAGUUGCAACAUUAAUCUACAUGGACAUAUUCAUGGCACUUGUUUCCUACACAAUCUCAUUACAUGAUAACUUGAUCACUGUAUUUAUAGGGACACGUUUGAAUCUACAACUGGCUAAGUUAAAAACAUCACAGCUUCUAACAGUGGUGGCAGUUUUGAUUGCUCUGCCUAGUUUAUGGAUCAGAGAUAUGUCUUCUAUAUCUUUCCUUUCAAGUGGUGGUAUUAUUAUGUCUCUUCUCACAUUUGUGUGUGUAGUGGCCACUGCAAUUUUUGGAGGUUUUCAAGCUAGUAAUCAUAGUAUACCUGUCUUCAAGCCACAUAAUAUUCCAUCAAUAUCUGGUCUGUAUAUUUUUACUUAUGGAGGACACAUUGUUUUCCCUGAUUUAUAUAAAGCAAUGAAAGACCCCUCUAAAUUCACCAAGGUUUCAAUUGUGAGCUUCACAAUAGUAACGGCACUUAACACCUCAAUGGGGUUCAUGGGUGCCAAAAUGUUUGGAAAUGAUGUGAAGUCUCAAAUAACUCUGAGCAUGCCACCAAAGAAAAUCAUAACAAAGAUUGCAGUUUGGGCAACCGUGUUGACACCAAUGACCAAAUAUGCCCUUGAAUUUGCACCCUUCGCAAUUCAGCUUGAGCAUGCACUUCCAAAUUCUUUUAGUGGAAGGACAAAAUUGGUAAUCAGGGGUUUUGUGGCUUCAUUAUUGCUCUUGUUCAUACUAACCGUUGCUCUAUCAGUGCCAUAUUUUGAACAUGUACUCAGCCUCACUGGUUCACUAGUUAGUGUAGCCAUUUGUUUGAUUUUUCCAUGUGUUUUCUAUAUGAAGAUUUGUUGGGGUAAAAUAACAAGGCCUCUCUUAGUUCUUAAUAUUUUUUUAGUCAUAUUUGGGUUUCUUCUUGGAGUGAUGGGUACCAUUUCCUCUACAAAGUUAAUAUUGGAAAAUUUUCUAUCACAUCAUUCAACUUGAUGAAGCGUUGGGAAUAAAUAUAGGUCCAGCUACAAUCUUGUAAUAUUGCAAGAUUAAUUAGUCUGUAUCUGUAUCUGUAUGGUACAUCAGUGUAACUCAUCCAUAACAAUGUAACUGAUUAGCUAUAGUACACUGUUUAGUUGCAAAUCAGCUACAAAUUUAGUUACAAGUUAGCUAUGAAAUGCUGCUGUGAACCAUAGAACAUGGUUUAUGCAGCAAUACUAUAAGUGCA